GCAUAUGAGCCGUCGGAUGGUCCGGUCUUAUGAAGAAGCCCUAGAACUGCCGAGUUUUGGCGAUCGCUGCAUAGGAGAGAGGAGGAAGCUCCGCCGCUCAAGGAGUGAACCGCCGCCGUUGGUGCCUUCUCUCUUAGCGCUUCUUAAAAACAAUGGCUUUGGGCAUGAUGAAACCUAUGAAAGCUGGUUUUGAAGAACCACAGGAGCAAGUUCAUAGGAUAAGAAUUACCCUUUCAUCCAAAAGUGUGAAGAACCUUGAAAAAGUUUGUGCCGAUCUUGUUCGGGGAGCAAAGGACAAACGGCUGAAAGUUAAGGGACCAGUAAGAAUGCCCACAAAAGUGUUGCAUAUAACUACCAGAAAGUCUCCAUGUGGUGAAGGUACCAACACUUGGGACCGUUUCGAGCUGCGAGUUCACAAAAGGGUGAUCGACCUUGUAAGCUCAUCAGAGGUUGUAAAGCAGAUUACGUCAAUCACUAUUGAACCUGGUGUGGAGGUUGAAGUAACGAUCGCAGAUGUAUGAGAAAUCCGAAGAGGAUUGUUUUUCUUAGCCUACUCUAGAGGCUUACUGAAGAAUGUAUUGGAAGGACUCUGAGGAGAGCGAGUUUGGUUUUUGCCCUUUUUUACCUUUUGGUUUGUUUUGCCAAUACCUCGAUUUUUCUAAUUGGAAAUUAGUAAGCUAAUUGAGCUUUUAAUCUC